GGUGUCGGCUGGUCAUGUGACCUUAGGAAAAUUGUCAACCUUUGGGGGGGUGGCAUAUCGGCUGCCUAUAUGAGAGCCCGAUCGCAGGCUAUCCCGCAAGUCGCCAUGUUGAAAAACUCGAAGUGUCGGCAUUUUCUCUCGUGCUUAGAGUUCGCUCUGUUAAAUAGCUUUUACAGCGAGGUUGUUUUGAAACCUAAACAAGUAAUUUGCCUAGAAAGGAUCUUUUUAAAUUCGGAUAUUCUUGCUGUUCUACCAACAGGAUACGGUAAAUCGUUGAUUUUUUGCUUGCUUCCUGCCUUGCUGUAUGCGAAGAAGAAAGGUGUCCCAAAAAGCACAGCAAACAUAACAUCAAUUAUUGUUGUUGUAUCACCUUUAAACGCGCUGAUAGAAAACCAGAUUUUGCGGCUAGACUUGAGUGGAAUUCGGGCGUCUGCUCUCGAUGUAACCAAUUCAUCAGAGUGUGUUGAGGAAGACGACAUAGAAUCUGAACUUGUCUGUGAUUUUCGUCUCAGCGACAAAGCCAAACUUGAAAUCGGACACUAUAAUAUUGUGUUCGCACACCCUGAAGCGUUGGUUUCUUGUCCUUAUGGAAGAAAGUUGAUGCAGAGCAAACCUUACCAGGAAAACGUCUGCGCCAUUGUUGUGGAUGAAGCCCAUUGCAUUUUACAGUGGGGUCAACAUUUCAGAGUCGAUUAUGGCAAUUUGUCUGUGUUAUGUGCAACGUUUUCAAGUGUACCAGUUGUUGCCAUGACUGCUACAGCGAGUAAAAGUGAUAGAGAAUCUAUUAAAAAAUCAUUGGGCCUUAAAGAAUGUACCGAAGUCAUUGGUAAUCCUGACCGGAGAAACAUUACCUACAAAAAACAUUUCAGAGGUCAACCAGAUGUGGACUCAAUAAUAAACAUUCUUACUCCAAUUGCACAGGACUUGUUGAAGGCACAGAAAAACUAUCCUUUGACAAUUAUAUACAUCCCAUUGAAGUGGUGUGGGUUUGCUUACAAAUUGUUUGAGUCUGUUUUGGGAAGCAGUCAGUAUUUUCCAAAAGGAUCAGCACCAGUGCCAGAGAACAGACUGUUUGCUCAAUUUCAUUCACCACAAACACAGGAAAUGAAAGAUGAAGUUCUUAAGCAAUUGUGUUCUCCUGAAAGUACUGUAAGGGUGGUAUUUGCCACAGUUGCUCUUGGGAUGGGAGUCGAUAUUAAAUGUAUACGAAGUGUUGUGCAUCUUACCCCGCCACGUACCAUCCAGGCAUAUUUUCAGGAAACUGGCAGGGCUGGAAGAGAUGGGCAACCUGCAACUGCAGUGCUUCACUACAAUAAUCAUGACAUUGCAAGAAAUAAGCCAGGGAUGCAAGAUGCUAUUAGGACAUUGUGCCAAAGCAAGUGCGAUUGCCUUAGAAAUAUCUUGCUCACUUCACUGGACACUGAACCAUAUAACAUAACACCUGUUUAUCCUAAGCACAUUUGCUGUAGUGUUUGUGAGUUGAAAUGUAAUUGCUCAAGUUGUAUUAACUGAUAUAGAAAGAAAAUAUGUUAUGCACCAGUCAAUAUAUAUGGAUAAGUUUAGUUAAUAACUUCAUUUGUUAAAGUUAGAGGGAAUAUACAUAACAUAUAAAUUUAAAAUGUUUUGGGGAGAAAUCAUCAUUGCACAAAAUUUAA